AUGCAGCAGUGCAGCACCCUAAACAGCGGCUGCUGCUGCUGCGAAGCAGCAGCAGCAACUGCAGCUGCGCCGAAGCAGCAACGACGGCAAACAGCAGCAGCAGCACGGGCAGCAACUACAGCAAAUUCAGCAGCAGCAGCAGCAGCAAAGGCAUCAAGUACAGCGGCAGCGGCAAAAGCACCAAGCACAACAGCAGCAGCAGCGGCAAAAGCACCAAGCACAACAGCAGCAGCAGCCGCAGCAAAGGCUCCAAGCGCAGCAGCAGCAGCAGACUACAAACAGCAGCAGACUACAAACACACCUGCAGCCGUAGCAAACGCAUCAAACACACCAGCAGCAACAGCAGCAGCAGCAGCAGCAGCAGCAGGACCUGGCUUUGACUGGGGGACGGCCAAGAAGAUUAGCAGCUGCGUAAACCUGGCCAGGUCCUUCAAAACCCAAACAGUUUGCUGCGCAAGUUCUCUUGUGGGGCAGAGACACAGGGCCUGA